UCUAAAAAAUAAUGUAACUUGACUAAUGACGUAAUUUUGUAGCAUAUACCGCCACAGGUAUGGAAACCAUAUUUAAAUGGUUAUAAGAUCUGAAACUUACGGAUGAGCCAGUGUAGACAAGAAAGCUUCAAAAAAAGGUCUCGAUAUGCCGCGAAACAUCUAAAACAACAAUUAGUAGCAAGAAAUUAUGUCGUAUAUAUUUGCUCACAACAUUUCUCCUUUUCUCUGUUCCGUUCGGGGUACGUCAUCGUGUAGGUACUUACUAGCAGCUUCCAAAGAUUGCUAACUACUAACAGCUUAUACUAGAGUAACGAGAACGAAAGUAAUUGUGUUCUAGUGUUAUUAUACUGUUUGGUGUGUUGACGCAAUAGAAGUUUUUAAACCAUCUUAACCAUAAUAAUACAUCUUAAAAUAUCGAUAUGUUUCGCCCCUUUUUGCUUCUUGUAGCAUUUAUGUUUGUUUACUGCUCAUCAGUAGUGAACCGACAGAAGGUUCUUUUAAUACUAGUUGAUGGUUGUCGGUGGGAUUAUCCGGACGAAGAAAAAGGUUUGACGGGAUUCCGCAGGAUGGCUGAAAAUGGUGUUCGAGCAAAGUAUGUAACUCCGAUCUUUCCAAGCAACUCUUACCCAAAUUGGUAUACGAUAGUAACAGGUCUCUAUGCAGAGAAUCAUGGGUUUGUCCAGAAUUACUUGUACGACCCUGAUAAAGGCGACUUCUUUCUCAUGGCACCAGAUCCAAGCGCUAGUGUAGCUCACUGGUGGAAACAAGCUGAACCAUUAUGGAUAACAGCUAAAAAGAACAAACUUAAAAGUGCUCUUUACUGGUGGGAUGGAUGCCAAGUGGAAAUUCGUGGAGAGAAACCGAAUGAAUGCAUCCAGUACAAAUCUCUGAGUGAGUGGUAUAGUCUGGAUGAAGAUGUGUUAAAUAAACUGAAUGAAACAUUAGAAAAAUUUCAGAAUCAUGAACUUGAUCUUGUACAGUUAUAUUAUGAACCAGUUGAUGGCAAUGGUCAUAUGUAUGGGCCAGAUUCAAAUGAAAGAAAGGUUUCCUUUGCCCGUAUUGACAGAAUACUUGACUCAUUACAAACUGAACUUGAAAAACGAAAUAUGAAAGAUGAGGUUAACUUGGUUAUUGUAUCAGACCAUGGAAUGACUUCCACUGAUCCUACUAAAGGCUUAAAAGUGAUCAAUAUCAGUGACACCAUUGACCUUCAGGACUUGAAAUUCAUGAUUUAUUCUGGAGCUUCAAGUAUGAUAAUUCCAACAGAAGGACAGGAAGAUAAGGUAUAUGAAGCCUUAAUGAAAACAAAAAUAGAUGGACUUCAUGUGUACAAAAAAGAAGACAUUCCUGAAGAGUACCACAUCAAACACAACCGUUUAACUACACCUAUUAUUCUGAUAGCAGACUAUGGAUAUUAUAUAGCAGGACUUGGAGACCCAGUAAAAAGUAAACCUAACUCAACAAAAAUCAGUCUUGGUAGUCAUGGCUAUGAUCCAAUUAAGGUACAAGAUAUGAGAACCAUUUUCUUUGCCAGAGGCCCAGCUUUUAAGAAAGGUUUCAAGUCAGGACCAAUACAUAUGGUGGACCACUAUAAUCUACUGUGUCAUCUACUAAACAUUGAGCCCCUUGCCAAUAAUGGCACAUGGAGUAAUGUUAAGGAUAUGCUCAAUACUGGGACAAACCUUUCUCCAACUUUGUAUUUCUUUCAGUCAUUUGCAUUGUUUUUUACUAUGAUACAUCUUGGUAACUCGCAGUAAUGUAGUUUUUUCUGUUCAGACCCACACAUAAAUAUGAUCAUGUUCACAAAAAUCAUGAGAAUUUUCUUUCUCAUUUUUAAGUACAGUUGUUAUAAAAUCAAAGACAUUUUCAGUGGUGUUUUUUUGUAUGCCAUAAUUUCUGAUGCUGCUUGAGUUCUAAAUCAUGUGUUAGUUAUAGCUUAAGACAGUAGAUAUUUUAAAUAAUGUGAGUAAAUAAUACUUUUGUGUGAAAUAAAAAUUCAGCUUUUUAUAACUUGU